CUGAAAAACUGAAACUCGGUUGCAUUAUGAUACUUUUCCUCUUCCUUCCUUCCUUCCUUCCUUCUCUUUCCCUCAUUCAAUCUCUUUGCUUGCCAAGCAAACAGAGUAAGCCUCCGUAGAAUCCCAUCUUAUCUUUAUGGUUUUCUCUCAUCUUCAGCCUUCACUUUUUCUUUUCUUCUUCUUCUUUUCUUUCUGCCUCAAUCCCUCUGUUUCUGAUCCAAGAGCAACGCAGGCAGCUUUAAUAUGUACUAACAGGACCGCUUCCCUGCUAGACAGACAAACUUUUAUCUCAAAUUUCUUAGCUACGUUUGACAUACUUACACCACUCGUCGCCACCCAACGAUUUGCGGCUGUCAUCAACGGCACCGGUAACACCACCGUCUACUCCUUCGGUGAGUGCAUGAAGGAUCUUGAUCAAAAGGACUGUAACCUCUGUUUCGCUCGGUGCAAGACCCAGAUCCUCAAGUGCCUUCCUUUUCAAUUAGCCACGCGUGGGGGAAGACUCUUCUUUGAUGGCUGCUACAUAAGGUACGACGAUUAUGAUUUCUUUAACGAGACCCUGAGUCCAGCAGAUCGAGCUGUCUGCGCUAUUAAAGACGUCGGCUUCAACCAAACGCUGUUUAGGGCUAAUGCGCUCGAGUUGACGAGGAACUUGAGCUCGCGAGCACCGAAGAACGAUGGGUUCUCUACAGGGAAGGUGGAAAGAGGGAACGUGACUGUUUAUGGGUUGGCUCAGUGUUGGGAAUUGGUAAACGGCAGCGCUUGCGAGGAUUGCUUGACGAAUGCGGCGUCUAGAAUUGCUUCUUGUCCUCCUAAGGAAGAAGGCAGGGUGUUGAAUGCUGGUUGUUACUUGAGGUACUCUACUCGAAAAUUUUAUAAUAAUUCAGACCCUGCUUCUUCUUCGAUUGGAAGCAAUGGAGGACGUCGCCAUUUGGCUGUUAUUUUGGCGGGUGUAUCAUCUGGUAUGGCUUCUGGGCUUAUUUUAGCAGCGGCUUUUUACUCGGUAAGGAAGAAAUUGUUGAAGAAAAGGAGAGAGGAGCAAUUAGGGCCCUUAUUAGCUACUGUUAAUAAAUCCAAUCUGAAUUUCUCAUAUGAUACCCUUGAAAAGGCCACAAAUUACUUUGCCUCCUCUAAUAAGCUAGGACAAGGAGGAUCAGGUUCAGUUUACAAAGGAAUUCUACCAGAUGGUACUAUCAUUGCCGUAAAGAGGCUGUUUUUCAACACAAGACAAUGGGUGGAUCAUUUCUUUAAUGAAGUCAACUUGAUCAGCGGCAUCCAUCAGAAGAAUCUUGUGAAAUUGUUGGGAUGCAGCAUCACAGGACCUGAAAGCCUUCUCGUCUACGAAUAUGUGCCGAAUCAGAGCCUUCACAAUCACCUCUUUGUUGGAAGGAAUAUCCAACCACUUACAUGGGAGAUGAGGUAUAAAAUUGUAUUGGGUACCGCUGAGGGCUUGUCCUACCUUCAUGAAUCCAAGUUAAGAAUCAUUCACAGAGACAUAAAACUUAGCAAUAUUCUGCUCGAUGACGACUUCACACCGAAAAUUGCAGAUUUUGGACUUGCCAGAUUUUUUCCAGAGGAUAAGACUCACAUCUCAACUGCCAUUGCUGGAACACUAGGUUACAUGGCUCCUGAAUAUGUUGUUUCCGGUAAGCUGACUGAGAAGGCAGAUGUUUAUGGUUUUGGGGUUCUUGUAAUUGAAGUCAUCACUGGGAAGAGGAAUAAUUCCUUCUCAUCACUAGAUUCAGUCUCUAUUCUACAAAUGGUUUGGAACCUAUAUGGAAGUGGGAGAGUAUUCGAGGCAGUUGAUCCCGUGUUAGAGGAUAACUUCAAAGAAGAAGAGGCAUCGAAAUUACUCCAAAUAGGCCUACUCUGUGUGCAAGCUUCUGCUGAGCUACGGCCAUCAAUGUCAAUUGUGGUGAGAAUGCUUAAAGAUGAACACGAAGUUCAUCAGCCGACACAACCACCAUUUCUCAAACCAGGCACCUUGGAGACUAGGCUAGUGAAUCCCACUGCAAUGGAGAAAACUUCUCAGCCGGAUUCCCAGACAGGAUCUUCAGGAAAUAGCAUGACUCAAAGCUUACUUUAUCCUAGAUGAUCCCUUGCUUGUUGUUUGUUGGGUAGUUGGUUUUUUAGUUCUCUGACUUAGUGGCAUUUCCUUCCAUGGAUCUUCUGCUAAUUUCAGGGGUUAGACAUUUGUUGGAUGCCUGUCAAUAUGAUCAGAUUCUUGUAAAUGUUGGAGGAGUUUUAUGAAGCAGGCUGCUCUUUUGUAAAUUUAGAUGUAGAGGCGGACAUACACACACAUAUGUAUGUAUGAGAACUGUUAUAAUAUGAUAAAUUUUGUA